AUGGCUCGAUUUGCAUCAACAAACUGGAAACGACCUGUAGAGCCAACAGCUGCCCCCUGCUUCUCCUUCGGCUUCACCCCCGAGCAUUCUCCGCCGCCCGAGGGACCUCCACCUCCUCCCGUACGACAAGUUCCGUCAUCGGCAUCACCCCAGUCUCCCUACCCGGGAGGGCGACCUACCAUCCAUCCUUUGCUUCCCACGUACGAUCCUACCAACUCAGAGAGCGAGAGCCAGCUCGCCUUGUUCGAGGGCGACCCCAACGACUGCGCUGGUAUCGACAACUCAUUCUCCGCCAUGUCGAGGGGCUCCCGGCUCACCACGGCUAGGCAGCCAGCCAGAGCCAGAGGAGCAUCCGGAGCAUCGGCACAACACCGCAAGCAGGAGCAGAGGAACCUGCACCGCAGCGGUACACGAUUGGUCGCCUUGCCCCCUGAGCUCAUCGAUGCCAUCCUAUCCUACCUUUCUGCCCAAGAUCUUGCCCUCGUUUCGGCUACGUGCCAUGCUCUACGAAAACAUGCCAACUCGGAUAUCCACUGGCAACGCCUUGUGCAAAGCAGUGUGCCCGGCCAAACGAUAAGGAUGCCCGGUCCCUGCGCAAGCUUUCGCGAGCUCUACGCAACUCACGAUCCGCUGUGGUUCUUGCCCAAGUACAAGAUCUGGUUCUGCGACAGGGACCUGAUGGGAAAGCUCAUCGUGGCGCGAUUUGACCAGCGGCGGGGAUGCAUUGAAGCAUACCAAUUGCUCGCGGUGAGCACGCAGACCUCGUUUGAGCACUGGACUGCGGACGAUCAAGUCAUUAUUCACGGGUUCGAGCCCCAGGUCAAGCUGCACCUUGACAAGCCGAUCUUGCAGUUUCGCGUCCAAGACAAGCACGGAGACGGCGGGUUCUCGACCAGGCCUGGAGCUAACCGCUUCGCCGAUGAGAUGCCCAUGAGACUAGAGGAGAGAAUGGGAGCCAUGUUUAGCAACUUCAUGCUGACCCGCUCGUUGGACGCAGAAGCGGCUGACGAAAGGCUUGGGGAGGACUAUCCCUAUAGCAAUAUCUGGCCGCCGCCGGCUAUUCCCGCCCGUCGUCGCCUGUCUGGUGUCCGGUCCGGUCAAGGUUUCGCUACGCUAUCGCUCACGGACCGGCCGCAGGCGAGAUCCGAGGUGUCGGAUCAGACAUUCCGCGUUCGACAAUGGAUGGAGAUGGCCGGCACACCCGCGUUGCCGGGGCUGAUUGGGCAAGCCAGUGGUCUUGCCGGCAUGGUCCGGGUGCUCUCGGAACCGGGCCCGGCCAGCAGCGUGCCUCGCGGUGUCGCAAGCGUUCACAUCGGCGAGGAGCUCAUCACAUACUCGACACUUGAUCCAGCCCUGUACACGCCGACGUUGGCCAAACCCUGGCGGGGUAUCUGGGUCGGCGAUUACAGCGGACACGGAUGCGAGUUCCUGCUCAUCAACCAGCCAGACGACCCCCCCACGAGCGACGCAGAGCUCGGCCUUGUCCGCGGAGAGCGGGAGACAGACGAAGACUGGGAGAGGAGGCGGCUGGAUGCGCGGGUAUACCGGGGUCGCCUCGAGGCUGUCAAGCUGACUGGCGAUCCAAACGUGCCUCGGGGCGAGUACACAUUCGUGGCAGACGACCUGGGUCCAGGCGGUUUGGUCGGGGUGGCCUCGGAUGCCCCCUUUGUCGGGGUGAGAGUGGUUCACAGCAAGGGCCAUGUCGCUGACACGGGAUUUAUUCGAGACAAGUAUGUGGAGAGUCAACUUCUUCUCAUCUCGCCCAAUAAGUUGGCGCAACACUGGCUAGGAUUCGGGCACAUCAGCUUUUUUGAGAGGGUUCAUGUUGAUGAAUUCAUCGUCCCAUGA